GAGCCGCGCGCGCCUCUGAGUGGGAGAGCGGGAGGCGGAGCGCGCGAGCCGCCGUUACCGAGCAGCACAAACCGGAGUAACGGACACACUGCGCUGAGAGAGGAUCUCUAAUGGGCGAGAGAGCAUGACUUUGUCCAGUGCCCCACCACUUCGUAGAGGAAGCACCCCUGUUCCAAUCAAACAUCAGCUCAGAAGGGAAGAAGCAGUCAAUGAUGACUGUGAUUGGACGCCGGGACUUGGCGGAACAUCCCCUCCUCCAAUAAGCUUCAUCCCGGCACAGGAUGAGGUCAUUAGUGUAGACGUGGAGGAGAGACAGGAUGGCCCUCUGAGGAUUGCACUACUUGGCCAGAAUGGGGUGGGCAAAACGUCACUCGCUAUCGCCCUCGCAGGGGAGAUGGACAGGACUGCGUCUGUGGAUUCUGAUGGAGAGGGCUAUGUUCGAACUGUCACCGUGGAUGACGAGGAGAGCACCAUCUUUAUAUUUGAUAAUUGGAGACAGGAUCUGUCCACGCUGGUGUGCGAAGUGUGUGUGUUGGUGUUUUCGGUGACAGACAGACGCAGUUUCCACCGCACGGCUCAGCUCCGCCUCCUCCUCAGGGAAAACCAGCCCCAAACGCCCAUCAUUCUUGUGGGUAAUAAGAGUGAUCUGGUCCGCUCCAGAGAGGUCACCACAGAAGAGGCUCAUUCCAGUGCUGCUCUGUAUGAAUCUCCAUAUCUGGAACUGUCCGCCUCUCUGGACCAUGGCACCACGGAGCUCCUGGAACUGGCAGUGCGGGCAGCGCGUGGCGAGAGUAUUGGGCCACUAGGGGCCGGCGGAGGAGAAGGGGCAUCUGGAGGCCGCCGCGAAAGCCUGACCACACGAGCCAAACGCUUCCUCGCCAGUCUGGUGCCACGCUACCCGCGCGAAAAGGAGCGCGAAAGUGGCAAGUUCUUCAGGCAGAAGUCUCGCUCCUGUCAUGAUCUUGGAGCUCUGUGAGCGAGAGACCGAAAGAGAGGAAGAAAGAUGCACAGAGAGUACAGGGAGGAGGAGAAGGAGCGGAUAGAUAGAGAUAGGUAAUCGAUAAUCUAAUGAGCAGCAGUGGAGAAUUGGAAGGAAAAGAGAUUAACUAAAAUUUUUGAUUGUUGUUGAAGAAGCGCAGUGUAGAGGAAUUGAUGAAAUACAACAUGAAAUAGAAAAUCACAAGGGAACAAAAUGGUUUUAUGACUACAUCUAGAAUGUAUGUAAUAGCAUUGUAGAGCUAUAGCGAGUGUUCACCACUGUAAACUACUUCUGUAUAUACGUCCCCAUUGGUCCAGUCACACACCAUCACUGCUGAGGGCCAAUCAUAGCAUUUAGUACAUGUAAAACUGUAGCGCUGUGACUGACUGAACUACUGUAUUUUGCAUGCUCCAUUAUAAAAAGUUCAGUUCACGUAAAUGAUUUGAGGAAACUAUCUACUUUGAGUAACUUGUGGUGUGCUACUACAUUAAUUAGUAUGAGUUGUAGAAAUAAAAUUAGAACAGAUCCAUUGUCUCUAGGAAAUUGAUUUUCACAGACCUUUUGAUUGAACUUUUCACAUUGCAGUAUCCCUUGGCUGUACCACUGAAGAUGUACGUGCGAAGAAUUUUACGUGUACUAAAGGCUUUGAUUAACUUAGCCCUAAGGUUUCAUCCUCCAUUACUGAGAGGUAAAUUAAAUGUAUUAAACAAAA